GCGGGACCGCGGCGGCGCGGGGUGGCGGGCGCAGAUGGCGGCGGCGCAGGGCGCCUGAGCGGGCGGGGGCCAUGAGCGCCGCCCGGCCCCAGUUCAGCAUCGAUGACGCCUUCGAGCUGUCCCUGGAGGACGCGGGCCCUGGGCCCGAGUCCAGCGGGGUCGCCCGCUUUGGGCCGCUGCACUUCGAGCGCCGGGCCCGCUUCGAGGCGGCUGACGAGGACAAGCAGUCCCGGCUGCGCUACCAGAACUUGGAGAACGAUGAGGAUGGAGCCCAGGCCUCUCCAGAGCCGGAUGGGGGAGUCGGCACCAGGGAUCCCGGCCGAACCUCCAUCCGAAGCUCCCAGUGGUCCUUUAGCACCAUCAGCGGCAGCACGCAGCGCUCCUACAACGCCUGCUGCAGCUGGACCCAGCACCCUUUGAUCCAGAAGAACCGCCGGGUAGUACUGGCUUCCUUCCUGCUUCUGCUGCUGGGGCUGGUGCUGAUCCUGGUCGGCGUGGGACUGGAGGUGGCCCCGUCUCCAGGUGUCUCCAGCGCCAUCUUCUUCGUGCCCGGCUUCCUGUUGCUGGUCCCGGGAGUCUACCACGUGAUCUUCAUCUACUGCGCCGUCAAGGGCCACCGGGGCUUCCAGUUCUUCUACCUGCCCUACUUCGAGAAGUGAGCGGCGCCUCGGGGACCCGCGCCCGUUCCGUUCCCUCAUCCGCCAGGACCCUCGACAGCCCGUCGGGAGGCUGCUCGGGAAGUUUGGGGCAGGACUGGCCCUGGGAAAAAGUCACUCCGCCCGCUCAGUGCCUUAACUUAUUCUCGGGCCCUGGGACUGCUAGGUUGGUGUUAUUUUGUGCUAAUAAAAGAGUAAUUCCCGCAGAG